AUGCAGGGGCCAGGUCUGGGUGCUGUGGCGUGUUUGUCCAUCAGUGGCUUCUUUCUGCCUGGCUUCCCUGGGCUGCGGCAGCUCACCUUCGGCCCUGAAAGGACUUUAUGCACUGAAAAGACCUCAGGAAAAUCCAACAUGGCCGGCAAAAGGAAAGGUGGCCUAAAACUCAACGCAAUCUGUGCCAAGCUGAGCCGUCAGGUGGUGUACGACGGCAGCUCCCAGCAUGCUGAGGGAGACCACAGCGUGGCGGAGAACAGCGAGCGCGGGAGCUCCCAUUAUGACGACAGCGGCGAGCGAUUCGAGACCAACUUCCCCGAGGGCCUGAGUCUCGGCCAGAGCCUCGAAGAGGACCAGAAACGGCGCAAGGCUAUUGAAAAGUGGGUCAACGGGGAGUAUGGGGAUGAACCACCACCCUCUGCCCUGGACUGUGGGGAGGAACAGCAGCAACCGCAGGGACUCAAGCCCAACAAUGGCGAGGACGGACCCCCCGAAGGUGUGUACAUGGUACAGCCCAAGGGCUGCAGUGACGAGGAGGACAACGCGCUUGAUGAGCCCGAACCCAUGUUCGACUCCCGGGACGGCAGUUACCACGACGACAAGGACUCGGAAGACGGGCCUCAAAAGGACGUCUACAUGCCGUUGAUAAGUGAGCCCCCGAGUCGCCAAACAUCUUUCUCCUCUCCAGGAGAGGCAUCCACUCUGCGAGACUACGCAGCUAACACAAUGAACGAGUUCCUGGGCAUGUUCGGCUACGACGACCAGCAGGUGAGGGACGAGCUGGCCAAGAAGAUCAGCUUCGAGAAGCUCAAAGCCGCUACCUCAGGCUCCGACCCAUCCUCCCUGAGCAGUGAGGAGGCCACGCGGCGAGCCCGCUUUUCCAAGUAUGAGGAGUACAUCCGCAAGCUGAAGGCUGGUGAGACCCUGCCCUGGCCCAUCCACACCAACCCCAAACAAGAGGACCUCAACUCCAAGCUGGCCCAGGAGAAGAAUGCCCUGCUCCAGGCCCAGAUGGCCGCCUCUGGGGGGUGCCAUUCCGGGGCUGAGGGCCAGAUUUAUCACUCCAGCCUGGACCACAAGCAGGGGCAAGGGCAGGGGCACAACCUUGGGCACAAUCCCCCACCAACCAACCCCACCUCCCACCUCCAGAACAUGGCCUCCCGAGCCUCCAAGUAUGACUUCUUCAUCCAGAAGCUGAAGAUGGGUGAAAGCCUGCGGAGCCAGCAGAACGGCAAUGCUUACAAGAAGCCAUCCAAGUACGACCUGGAGAACGUCCGGUACCUGCACCUCUUCAAGCCCGGCGACGGCAACACUGACAUGGGGGGCGCCAUCGCCUAUAAAACGGGGAAGGUGGGCCGGCCGUCCAAGUACGACAUCAAGAACAUCCAGAAGCUGAUGCCGGGGAGGCCCGAGUCCUCGCUGAUGCCCAGCGUUCUGCCUGCCACGCCUGGGAACCCGGGGACACCAGUGGCCGCCACCUCGGCCUCAUCCGCUGGGGCCACGGGCCCCCCAGGACUCAUCAUGGAUCAGACAGGCCACUUGGGCUUCAACACCUCCGACUACAUGAAGUCUAGCUUCUCCAAGACCGACUCCAUCACCACGGGCACUGUGUCCUCUGUCAAGAACGGCCUACCACCUGAGAAACCUGUCACAGAGGACGUCAACCUGUACCAGAAAUAUAUCGCCAGGUUCUCGGGGAGCCAGCACUGCGGACAUGUGCAUUGUGCCUACCAAUACAGGGAGCAUUACCACUGCAUGGACACGGAGUGCAACUACCAGAGGUUCACCAGCAAGCAAGACGUGAUCAGGCACUACAAUAUGCACAAGAAGAGGGACAACUCCCUACAGCAUGGCUUCAUGCGCUUCAGCCCACUGGAUGACUGUAGCGUCUACUACCAUGGCUGCCACCUCAACGGGAAGAGCACCCACUACCACUGCAUGCAGGUGGGCUGCAACAAGGUAUACACCAGCACCUCCGAUGUCAUGACUCACGAGAACUUCCAUAAGAAGAACGCCCAGCUGAUCAACGAUGGCUUUCAGAGGUUCCGCGCCACUGAGGAUUGUGGGACGGUGGAGUGCCAAUUCUACGGGCAGAAGACCACCCACUUCCACUGCAGGCGCCCGGGGUGCACCUUCACCUUUAAGAACAAGUGCGACAUUGAGAAGCACAAGAGCUACCACAUCAAGGAUGACGCGUAUGCCAAGGACGGCUUCAAGAAGUUCUACAAGUAUGAGGAGUGCAAAUACGAGGGCUGUGUCUACAGCAAGGCCACCAACCACUUCCACUGCAUCCGCUCGAGCUGCGGCUUCACCUUCACCUCCACCAGCCAGAUGACCUCCCACAAGCGCAAGCACGAACGCCGCCACAUCCGCUCCUCAGGCGUCAUGGCCCUCUCCUCGGGCGGCUCCUUCCUGAUGCCCAAGGAGGAACCCGGAGACGAGUCGAGCAACGACGACCUCAUGGACUUCUCGGCCAUCAGCAGCAAGAACUCCAGCCUGAGCGCCUCGCCCACCACCCAGCAGUCGUCCAUCGGUCCCGGCGCCCACUUGCUUGCCACACCCACCACGCCCACCUCCUCGCUGCCGCACUCGGCACGCAUGUCAAGCCUGCUAUCCCAGGCGCUGCCCAGCAACAUGCCUGUGGCACUGGCGCUGUCCAACAGCGCACUCGCCAGCGUCCACAAUCCCUUCUUCCCACUCAUGCCCCGGCUGCCCAUGCAGCUGCCCCAUUCGGCCGCCAGCCUGAUCUCGGCCGUGUCGUCUGGCGCCCACUCCAUGCCCACCGACUCACUGUCCCAGGGCGGCUGCUCCUCGGCAGGCAGCGAUGGCGCCAUGGCAUCCACGCCGACCUCCUACGCCUCGGCCUCUUCCAUCAUGGAGAAGAUCUCUGCUAGCAAGGGCCUCAUAUCCCCGAUGAUGGCCAGGCUGGCGGCAGCUGCCCUCAAGCCCUCUGGCAACCACCAAGACACAGGUGGGUGUUUUCAUAAAGUUGUAGUGUCCCAUGUGGCUCAGUUGGUAGAGCCGAGUCUGUUCAAUCUGGUUCAAGUGAAGCAGGAGCCAGUCGACCAUACCUCCGGGGCCUCCCAGGACUCCAUCCAAGAGCACAGCCUGGACCUGAGCAAAAAAGACCACAGUAAUGAAUCAAACGGACACCCUGUACCGGGAAAUACAUCUCUUUUAUCCUCGCUUAUGAAUAAGAUGAAUGCCGGCUUCUUCAGUGCCCUGAACCUGAAGACGGAGAUGGAGAUCGGCCAAGGGGCCGACACCUCAGAGGCAGCACAGUACCUGAGCCGCAUCAUGAAGAGGCCCAUGCCAGACAAACCAAGCGAGCUCUGGAGGACAUAUCUGCGCAGGUUCGACACGGAGGACUUCUGCGAGGCCCAGUGUGACUUCCUGCAGAAGGUCCACUUCCAUUGUCUUGUGGAGGACUGCGGGGCGCUCUUCAGCACGAUGGACGGAGCCAUUAAACACGCCAACUUCCACCUACGAGCCACGCUGAAGGUGAAAUCAGAGCCUCACUUCAACAAAGUCAAGGACUGCGGCGACGGAGCAUCCCACCAGUCCACCGCCCCUGUCUCCAUGGCGAACAACCCCGCCAUGGAAGUGGCCAACAUGUCAUCAUCGUCAGGCGGCUAUGGCUCCUCCCCCUCACUGCUGGCAUGGAAGCAGCUGACGGGCAGCAUCCCACAGCUCAAUGCCUCCAUGCCUAACCUGCCUGCCAAUUCGCCGCUGGCCACCACCUCUCUGGAGAACGCCAAGCCACAGGUCAAACCGGGCUUCCUGCAGUUCCAGGACAAUGACCCUUGCCUGGCCACUGACUGUAAGUACUCCAACAAGGUCCACUUCCACUGUCUCUUCGGGAACUGCAAGUACGUCUGCAAGACCUCGGGGAAGGCCGAAUCCCACUGCUUGGACCACAUCAACCCUAACAACCACCUGGUCAACGUUCGAGAUCAGUUCUCCUACUUCUCCCUCCAGUGUCUAUGUCCCAACCAGCACUGUGAGUUCAGAAUGAGGGGCCAUUACCACUGUCUGCGAUCUGGCUGCUACUUUGUCACCAACAUCACCACCAAGCUUCCCUGGCAUGUCAAGAAGCAUGAGAAGGCAGAGAGACGCGCCGCCAAUGGCUUCAAAUACUUCACCAAGAGAGAGGAGUGUGGCAGGCUAGGCUGCAAGUACAACCAGGUGAACAGUCACUUCCACUGCAUCCGCGAGAGCUGCCAGUUCUCCUUCCUGCUCAAGCACCAGAUGACCUCACACUCCCGCAAACACAUGAGGAGGAUGCUGGGAAAGAACUUUGACAGGGUUCCAUCCCAGGUAACGAAAAGUGUCAUGAUGGACGAGACGGAUGACUACAUGGACUACAUGGGCGGGGGCAGCCCCCUGUGCCUCUCCUCUGAGUCCUCCAAUCAGGACCGCAGUUGCAGCAGCACCCCCGUGGGCAAUGAAAGCUCCCCAGCAGGCAACACCAUCUCCAUCCCUACGGCCACCGGCGCCAAGAAACGCUUCUGGAUCAUCGAGGACAUGUCCCCCUUCGGCAAGCGGCGCAAGACGGCUUCUGCUCGCAAAAUGCUGGACGAGGGCAUGAUGCUGGAGGGCUUCCGCCGUUAUGACCUGUACGAGGACUGCAAGGACUCCGGCUGCCAGUUCUCCCUGAAGGUGACCCACUACCACUGCACCCGCGAGAACUGCGGCUACAAGUUCUGCGGCCGCACGCACAUGUACAAGCAUGCGCAGCACCACGACCGCGUGGACAACCUUGUCCUGGACGACUUCAAGCGUUUCAAGUCAUCGCUCAGCUGUAACUUCUCCGACUGCCAGUUCUCCGGCAACAGCACCCACUUCCACUGCCUGCGCUGCAGCUUCCGUUGCACGGACAGCACCAAGGUGACAGCCCACCGCAAACACCAUGGCAAGCAAGAUGUGAUCAGCGCCGCCGGCUUCUGCCAGUUCAGCUCCAGUGCUGACUGCGAGGUUGCCGACUGCAAAUACAAGCUCAAGUGCUCACACUUUCACUGCACCUACCCCGAGUGCAAGCACACUGUAGUCGGUAUGUCCCAGAUGGACUCCCACAAGCGCAAGCAUGAGAAGCAGGAGCGCGGCGAGCUGCCGUCGGUGUCUCCCCGUCAGGAGGGGGCGCACCACAUGACGGGAGGAGUGUCCGCGGUGCCCCACGCCUCCAUGGGCCUUCUUCCAGCCUCGCCCGGUGGCCUCCCAGGACUCUCCCACCACCACCAUCACCACCAUAACAACAACAACCAUGCCCCCUCCAUGCUCUACCCCCCAGCCAGCAUGGCAUCUGACUACAACCACCCCUAUCCAACCUCCUCAGUCAGUCUGGACAGCUCCCUCAACCUGGGCACCGACACCUGCAGCUCCCUGUUCUUCCUGAAAAACGCCGCUGGCCUGGGCCUCAAUGACUCGCUGGACCUGAGCAAAAAGAUGCAGCAUCACCAUGACCCGAGCCUGACCAUGGCUGCCGGGCCCAACCCCAUGCCACCGCUAGGCUUGCCCGCUCCUCAGGAUGACACCACGGGAACAUCGGGCGACCCCGAAGAUGACCAGUCACCUGAGGAAGAGGCCAAUGCAGAGGAAGAUGAGGAGGAUGAGGAUGAGGCGGAGGAGGAUCUGAACACUGACUCGUACGAAGAUUCGAUGCCACAGCCCGACGGCGACAACAAGGACAAUGACGAGAGUUUUGAUGCUUCCUUAAACCACACUGACACUUCCCAACUGGAAAAGCAAGAGGCCGACCCAUGAAAGAUACUCUGACACUGAAGAAGAAGAAUCCUGUAUACUAUGAACAAACAAAUUAAAGUGGCCUCAUUUAUCAAGGUUAGAGACACUGCAGAUGACAACAAGAAGACAACAACAACAACAACAACAACAAGAAAUUAUGGCCCAAAAUGAUUUAUGAUGAUGUUUACAAGAUGACCAACAAUAUAAAUUAAAUUAUGCAUAAAAAAUGAACAGAGAAACAAACAAAUUAGGCCUCUUUUACACGUGGGGCAGCAAUGUAAACAUUUUACUACACAGCAGUCUUUUUGUGUGCCUGCAUGUUUGACUUUAAUUUAUUUUACUUUUAUUUUUAACCUUUUUUGUGCGUGGAAAAAACGAUAAGAAAAAAAAAUCUCUAUAUAACUAUAUACGUAAGUGUGUGUGAACUUUUAUAUACAAAGGAAAUUACUGGUGCAGUCUUUACAUGAACUGCAGGACCCUUGUUAACAAUGAAAGGGAAAGACAUCACUGUUAAAUUACAUUGAGGAAAAGUUCUAAAGCAGAAUGUGUUUGAACAUUUGAUCCUAUUUCUGUAUUAAUAUUAUUAUUAUUACUAUUAUUCUUAUUAUUACUACAUUAAGUGCAGGGGUCUGCAUUAGUGUUUUGGCUUGUACCCUUCUCUCUUCAUCCUUUGCAAGGUUAUUUUUCGUUCUCAAUGUACAUUUUCAAAUAAAAGUGACCAGUGACUGUGUCCUCAGUCUCAACUGCAGAUGGGCAUAGAUCUCUGAGCGAGCAUUGCUCUGUGUAUGCAGCUACCUGGGAAAUUAUGUUAAAUUCUCACCAAAAUCAAGCUUGUGGACUUGCAAUUGUAACCCUUACCCCCUGUCGAGGAACCUAUUAAGUUUGCAUUUGGAUAGUGCACUUUUAUAUAAAUGAUGAUAGAUAUUCAAACAUAUUUUUGUUACCAUAUGCAUCAUUGCAUUACGAUUGCGUUAUACUUGCAUAGUAAAAUCAGACGGCUCGGAAUAUUGAUUUAGAACUAGGCGAGGAACCAUCAUGACUAACUAGCUGGGGGUCUGAAUGAACUGACCAGAGGAAAAGAUGAGUCACUCAGAUGCAAUGAGGAAUGACAGAGGUAGCGUCAGGGAGUGUUUGUUUGAAAUGUACAGACAGAAAGCAAAAUGUGUCAAUGCUGGACAUUUUGUUUUCCAUUUACUAUGGCUGUGGUUUAGCGCCUAUUGUAACGGUUUUAUUUAAUAUUUAUGUGACCUUGCAAUGAGACAUUUUUAGGGUGUUCUAGCACUUUUUAGAUUUAUCUUCAGAAAAAAUAUGGCAUGCAUCUUUUAACAGGGAAUUUGCUUUAAGAUGUCGUUUUAGUUCACUUUGCUUUGAUGCACAAAUAGUUGUUAAGUGUGACAAAGAACUGUUGUUCUGUGUUUUAUUUAAAGUAAGGACUGAUUUUAUUUGCUUCUGUGAUUGGAGGAUUUAAAUAUGAAAUGGGCAUGACCGAGUUAUGGUGGCCUAGUAACAACACUAAUAAGAAGAACUGUGAUUUCAAUUAAUUAUUAAAAACAUGACAAUGCUCAGAUACUGUAGUACUAAAUUAUCACACAAAACACGUUAGUCUAACCUAUCUUCAGGUUUACUGGGGGGUGAAAAUUGUUAUGAUGAAUUAUUUCUUGAAUAUGGCUUUGGAAAAAAUAAUCAUAAUAUGGGGAAUUAUGUGUGUAGAUUGUUAUCCACAAAAUAUUGUUUAGAGAAGAAAAAAAGGUUGUACAGUAUUUUCUUCUGUAAAAAGACUAUAUAUGAACAAAAUGCUCUUUGAUGAACAGCUUCCUUUAAAAAUAAAACAAUUAAAGGAGAAAUGAAUAAUAAAAAGUAAAACAUUGAAAUAA